GGGGGGGAGCGGGGAGGGGCCGGAUGCAGGCGGCGCGGAGGGCGCUGCGGGCGGGCUGCGAGCGGCGCACCAUGAAGGCGCUGGUGGCGGCGGCGGCGCUGGGCGCGGCGCUGUUAUUGCUGCUGCCCGCCGCGACCAGGGCCGACGAGCGCAAGAAGGGGCCCAAGGUCACGGCCAAGGUGUUCUUCGACAUCCGCAUGGGCGACGAGGAUGCGGGACGCGUCGUCAUCGGGCUGUUCGGAAAAACCGUGCCCAAAACGGUGGAGAACUUCGUGGCUUUGGCCACCGGGGAGAAAGGGUUCGGCUUCAAGGGCAGCAAGUUCCACCGCGUCAUCAAGGACUUCAUGAUCCAGGGAGGGGACUUCACCCGCGGGGACGGUACCGGAGGUACGGACGGCAGCGCUCGGGGCUCACAGCGGCAGCUCGCGUAGCUCGUGGCCGCCCUGCGGGGCUCACAUGGGCUCCGGUUCCCCUCCCCGCCCCCCUCAGCGCCGGCCCCGAUGUAUUUCCAGCCCCUUGCCCUCUUCUUUCCUUUCUCUCCAGGAAGAAGCAUUUAUGGAGAAAGGUUUCCAGAUGAGAACUUCAAGCUGAAACACUAUGGAAUUGGAUGGGUCAGCAUGGCCAACGCCGGCAAGGACACCAACGGCUCCCAGUUCUUCAUCACCACCGUGAAGACACCGUGGCUGGAUGGGAAGCACGUGGUGUUCGGCAAAGUGCUGGAGGGCAUGGACGUGGUGAGGAAGGUGGAGAACACUAAGACGGACAGCAGGGACAAACCCCUGAAGGACGUCACCAUUGCCGACUGCGGCACCAUCGAGGUGGAGAAGCCCUUUGCCAUCGCCAAGGAGUGACCCGUCCAGCCAGCUGGUGCUGCAGGGGGCCCUGUGCUGUGGAGACCGACCUCCAUGUGCUGCAGGCUGCCCUCCUGCCCCAUGUGCAUUCCCCAGUGGCAUCCCAGAGCACGGGCAACCGCUGAGGUCCCAUUCCCAGCCCCUGCCACCUCCCCAGGGACAAGACAGGGCCCCGCUCUGUUGUCCAACACUUCUUUUGUAAGAAGCACAUGCACCAAUAAAUGUGACCAAUGUGUUUUUUAUA